CAUUUUAAGAGUAAAGUGCCUACGUCUGAUCGAAAGAAUUAUGCCUUUGGAACAUAUUGUCACGGCAAUGUCUUGCUUGCUCUCGACAUGCGGUAAUAGCAAUAGUACUGCUUUGAUGAUGAAUUCGGUGGUAUCAAAACCGCUCGACGACGUUUGGGGCGUGGGCUGCAAGAGACAGGCAGUGGACCUUACUAACAAACUCAAUACCUUGCUAAGCAAUCAACAGAAAGUAAACGAUAUACUCAAUAAACUGGAGAGUAGCGUCAAGGAAUUAGAAAGCAUAAUGGCAUCGAAUGGGAUAGAUAUGAAACGCGCCAAACGUGAGGUGGCAGACGCUUUCAAUAUACUAACUUUUCCGAGAUUCGAUGGCAAUGGCUCUACUGAAAGUACACAAAAAAUGCAAAUCAACAAGGAUAUGCGAUCAUAUUUAGAUGGCUGUGGAAAUAAUUGAGAAGUGUAAAUACUUCUUUUUUGAUAAAGUGCAAUUAAAAGCUAGGUGUACGGUUUUCAUUGCUUUUAACAUGUUUUUUUUUAAUACGUGAGCGAAAUUAAUAAAUUUCGAAAUGGAAUAAAACUUUCAGUUGCAUUAUA